AAUGCCAAUUUUGUUUUUUAACCGUGCUUUUGCUAGUGUUAUUUUUCCUCAAGUGCCCCUGGUAUCUCUUCCAUGCAACGUUAUAAAAGAUCAAGUGAGCCGUGUCGCCAGCCUGCAAUAGUUAAUUGCUGAUAACCACCCAAAAGAAAUCAUCACAGUGAUGUGACCGGAGCCUUGGGCAAACGGGACCUGCCCGACGUUACUGCUUGAGAUGCAAUUGAAUGUGAAAGCAACAGCAUAGAAGAGCGGGUGAAGUUGGAGGAACCAGACUGACUCAGACUGCUCUCUCCACGACCAUGUGUAGCCGGAACAACACGACCGACUCCGAGUUUGUGAAAACUUUCCAAUACGUGGUCCACAUCCCAACCUUCGCCCUGGGACUGGUCAUCAACUCAACAGCGCUCUGGAUACUUUGCUUCAGAUUGAAGAAUUGGACAGAGUCCAUGAUCUACAUGACCAACCUGAUAUUUUCCGACCUGCUUCUGCUUUUCUCGCUGCCCUUCAAAAUGCACGCCUUCCAGAAAAGUGGAGAAUGGCAUCUGGGUCCCCGCUUCUGUGAGUUUGUGGAGUCCCUGUACUUUGUCAACACCUACGGGACCAUCCUGUUAAUCAUGCUGAUCUCUCUGGAUCGCUACAUCGCUAUCAGGUAUCCCAUUCUGGCAAGGACCCUCCGAUCUCCACAGAAAGCCGCCGUCGCCUGCACUGUUCUGUGGCUCUGUGUCUGGUCUGCUAGUAUUCCCAAUUACUUUCAGAAAAGCCCCACAACCCACCAGUGUUUCAUGGGUUUUGAUGAAUUUUGGAAACGCGCUGAUAUUCCCCUGACCAUGCUGGCUCUGUUUGCGAUUGCUGCGCUUGCUGUGAUUUUCUGCAGUGUACGGAUUAUAAGAACAUUACGACGGGUGGUCGAGGAGAGAGAAGAAAUAAACAUGAGCACGUCUAUGAAAAUAAUCUCUUCCAAUCUGGUAACGUUCCUUCUCUGCUUCACACCGUAUCACGUCGCCAUGUUACUGUACCUCUUGGCAAGGAAAUGCUACAUGCCAGUCGAAUACCAGGCGCCGCUGCGGGUGUUUCUCCAGGUCUCUCAGUGUCUGGCAACGACUAACUGUUGCCUAGAUGCCAUGUAUUACUAUUUAAUCAUUAAGGAAUUCUGGAAAUCAAAACACAGAAUAAUACCGUGAAUUGUUGCAUUAUUUCAAUCGGUAUAAGAUGACUUCCAAAAUGAAGCGACCCCUCAUGUUAGUGGAUCAAAUGAUUUGUGAUGAAAGUGGACUCGUGGAACUGUACCAACGCAUACAUUCAAAGUAUCUUCCUAUUGCUUUGUCAUCUAUACUUUUGUUGUUGAAAAAAAGUUACUGUGUUCCACAGGGCAGACCAAAGGCAGAGGACCCGAAUGUUUGACUGUAUUGUGGCCAGUUCUCCACCUCUGUAUAUUUAAUCUAGCUCAGCUGGAAAAGCAGUCUUUCCAAACCACGCAGUGUUGGAGGAACUCAAUGGGUCAGGCAGCAUCUGCGGGAGGAACGGACAGGUGAUGUUUCAGGUCAGCAUCCUUGUGGGACUUUCCAGUUGGUUUCAGAGAACAAUAUUUGAAAUUUCAGAUUGCGCUGAUUCCUUUGUGCUGUUGGAAACUGGUUUGGAGCAAACAGGAAGAUGCAGGGUUGUUGUCUUACUCAGUAAAGUGAAGCAUCAUGCUUCCACCAUUGCAGAAAAUUGUGCUGUAAAUUAUGCUCAGCAUGGUUCAAUUAGUUUGAUAACUGCAUCAGAUUAAGUGUGAUUCAUGGCUCUCAUUCACGUGGCUACUUUGCACGGUGACUUUGCAUCAGUUAAGGAUUUGUGAAUAAACUGUGAAUAAACCUGCACAAAGCGGACUGGAAUGGAUGCAAUGGACCAGUGAUGGAAUAUUGAGGCACCCAGUUUGGAGUCAGCUGUUCAGGGAGAGCUGGCAUGAACACAGGUGUGAUUACCUGCUACCCCAAUGCUGGACUGGAGGUUGGGGAAGAAGAUAACACCCGGAGAGUUAAUCCAAGCAAUCAGAGGCACUCACCCCCC